UGAAACUAAAGAAGACCCUACCCAAAGCAGAAGUGGAUUUUCUGAUAACAUAUUCUAGCCCAAUAUGGCGACAUCAUCAAAGAAAGCUGCAGCUCAGACCUUUCCGGAGAAUGAUGGACUUCUGAUAGUGAAGGUAGAAGAGGAAGGGUUUAUCUGGAGGCAGGACACUUGUGUACAGAGAAGCGAUCCCCUCAGGCAGGAACUCUGCCGACAACUUUUUAGGCAGUUCUGCUAUGAGGAUUCUCCUGGACCCCGCAAGGCACUGAGCCGGCUCCGGGAGCUCUGCUGUCAGUGGCUGAAGCCAGAGACCCACACCAAGGAGCAGAUCUUGGAGCUGCUGGUGCUGGAGCAGUUCCUGACCAUCCUGCCAGGAGAUCUGCAGGCCUGGGUGCGUGAACAUUACCCAGAGAGUGGAGAGGAGGCAGUAACCAUACUGGAAGAUUUGGAGAGAGGCACUGAUGAAGCAGUACACCAGGUUUCAGCACACGGACAUGGACAAGAAAUAUUCAGGAAAAAGGUAUCACCUCCUGGACCAGCACUUAGUGUCCCGUUCCAGCCAACAGAGACCAAGGCCCAUUAUGGUGCUUCAGAACCCCAGCUCCUACUGGACUGUGAUAAUGAGAGUAACAACAAUGGAUCCAUGCCAAAGCUGGACAUUUAUGAAAAUAUGGAAUCACAGAGAAUUGUAUCAGGAAGGAUCUCAGGAUAUGUGUCAGAAGGAUCUGAUGAGCCUCCAGACAUCUGUAAGUCUGCAGGCAGGAUAAAGAGGCACUGGGAGCAAGAACCAGGGGAGUCUCGGAGACCAUCAUCUGCCCAGGAUGGAGGUUUUAGUAAAAUCCUAACCCACAAAAAUAUACUCACAGAUGAAAUAGUAAGCCAUGAUGGAUGUGAGAGAAGCUUAAAUCUGAACGCAAAUAAAUUCACACACCAGAAAUCUUGUAAACAUGGUACCUAUGACCAGAGUUUCAAAUGGAAUUCAGAUUUUAUUAAGCAUCAAAGAAUUUAUGCUGAAGAAAAAAAUCACCAGUAUGGAAAAUCUUUCAAGAGCCCAAACCUUAUUAAACAUGCAGCAAUUUUCAGUGGAGAGAAAACCCAUCAGUGUAAUGAGUGUGGGAAAGUUUUCAGGCACAGCUCAAAGCUUGUUAGGCAUCAGAGAAUCCACACUGGAGAGAGACCUUAUGAAUGUAAUGAGUGUGGAAAAGGCUUUGGAGGGAGCUCAGAUCUUAUUAGACAUCAGCGAAUUCACACUGGGGAAAGACCCUUUGGAUGCAAAGAAUGUGGGAGAACAUUCAGCCUGAACUCACAUCUUAUCCUGCAUCAGAGAAUUCACACCAGAGAGAAACCCUAUGAAUGUACUGAAUGUGGGAAAACCUUCAGAGUAAGCUCACACCUUAUUCGGCACCUGAGAAUCCACACUGGAGAGAAACCCUAUGAAUGCAGUGAGUGUGGGAGGGCCUUCAGUCAGAGCUCACACCUUAGUCAACAUCAGAGAAUUCACAUGAGGGAAAACCUAUUAAUGUAA